AUGGCCCAUGGGCUUACGCCUGUGACAAGCGCCUACGCCAUGUGGUGGUUUUGUGCACGUGACAAGCACCUGCUGACAGGAGUUUUGCUGACAGGAGUUUCUGGGCAGUCCGUAGCAUUCUCGAGGAAAUUCCUGAAGACGCAACGGAUAAAGUGGUACCAGGGACCUCAGUACAACAACCAGUUAAGUGGAAAGGGGGAGGAAGCUGCGAUCAGUGUUGGAACCGCGACCUGGAACGAUUUCCUUGUCUUUGGCUUGGCUCUCGAGGGUUUACGGCGUCUUGAUGUGGAACUCUUGACGCUGUCUAUCAACCACCGGGGCGCGCACAUGAUGCAAGCCUCCUCAGGUUCCCCGUCAUGGCGGCAUGGGUGGUCUUUGGGGGAUGCUGUCGCAAGAGGCUGGGUGGGUCCCAAUCCUCACACUGCCUAUGACGUCCUCUGUACUGACCUGACUGUAAACGACGGUGUCGUUUUCGAGCACUCUGCCUCGCCCAAGCAUGGAGAUUCCGAGAUGGAUGCUGAUGAUCCCUUCUUCACCGAGGUCAUCAAUCCUGAAGCUUAUCUGGAGACCGAAUCAUCUGGCCCGUAUCACCCAGACAUGGACAAGACCGAUGCUGGAGCUGUUACUGGGGAUAGUGUCAUCGGGGUCGCAGAGGCCAUCAGCAACAGGCUGGAGGAGUGCUUCAAGGGAGGAACCCCUAGAGUAGAUACGUAUCUACUCAUCGAGAUCCGUCCGAAACUGCAACGAUCACCUUCACACCAGUGCGCCACCUACGACAACCCUUCGCAUGCUGCCGGUAUCUCGUCAACUGCCGUCAACACGAUGGAAUCCGCGGCGCUGCUGGUGCUCAUCCUAGCAUGGUCUGCCCAGGUCGAGCGUGAUCUCGACACCCUCGACCCGAACUGCCAAGCUCCUGUCAUCUACCGGCAGCUGCUCUUCGACGGCGCAAUCCGCAAUGCAGACACGGGUGAUAGCGCCCCUCUUCCCACUACCACCACAGACACGUCGAGUCUCUGGCCCCAACACAAAUAG